AUGGGGCAAGGGGUAAGUGAUGUGUCCACGUUGGCAGAGGUUGAGAACUCGCCGGUUGGAGAUGCCGCAGGAGCUGCCAGAUCCGAUGCCAAGGGGUAUCUGCAGGGCAGAGCGCCACGCCUUGCUUCUGUUGAAGCCGUUGGAGGCAGCAGCAGCAGCAACAGCAGAGGCGUCAACAGAGAUGACAGCGAGGCAGCGCAGGAAAAUGCUCACGGGGUGAAACUGCUGAGCAGUGGUCACUACGACGAGGCAAUUCGACGAUUCAAGCAAGCUUUGGCCUACGAGCCCGCAAGCGUGCAGAUCCUGAAUAACAUUGGACUUGUGUAUGCCAAGCGCCAGGAUUACAACGGCGCCUAUGAGUGGUACGAGAAAGCUCACAGACAGGAUCCGAAAGAUGUCGAAACUCUGUUCUCCUUGGCGUGGGUGGAGCGAAAGCGGCAGAGAUAUCCACACGCACGGGAGCUCUUCAUGCAGGUCUUGGAGCUUGAGCCCACGCACAGCAAGGCAUUGUGGCUUCUGGGUGACAUCCUGAAGACUUCUCAGGAUUUUGAAGGUGCUAUCCAGCAGCUUCAGACGCUUGUACGGACUCAGCCAAACAGCCCAGACGGGCACAUUUCUCUGGCCCAGUGCUAUGAGGCAACCAAGCAGUACGGGAAGGCAGCGCAGAUCUACAAGCACAUCCUAGAAUCCCUGUGUCCAGGACGCACAGAUGUUCAUUUCGCGCUGGGCAAGGACUACUUCUUCCUGAAGCAGUAUCGACAAGCAGUAAUCGAGUUUGACCGGGUUCCCGACAAUGACCACAGAGCUGUCGAGGCUCGGUCAUACGGAGCAAAGGCCUGCCGAGAGCUUGAGGAUCACGAACGGGCGAUCUCGCUUGCGGAGUCCGCUGCGCAUUCUCAUCCGCAUCCGGAAGUGAUGCAUUUUCUCGGGGAGGAAUAUGCUCGUGUUGGGGAGCAGCAGAAGGCUGCACAGUGCUUUUCGCGUGGAUUGGAGCUGGAGCCGAACCACCUCCCUUCCCUGAUGGAGUUGGGCCAGCUAGCGUAUCGGCAGUCCAAUUGGCAUGAAGCGGAGCGUCUGUUCACCCGAAUCUGCGAGGUGGACAGGACAGACUUGGAUGCCAUUCGAUGGCUUGCCCUGGUCAAGUACAAACUGCGAAAAGAUGAAUCGUGCAGGCAGUGCUGUGAAGGCCUGCUGCGCUUCGUCCCCUUGCACAUGGAUGCCUGGUACUUGCUUGCGGAGCUGCAGCUUCAAGCCGGGUCAGCAGAUGAGCGCUGGCUCACGAGUUUGCGAUUGCCAAGCGAUGUGUCAAUGGCAGACGUCUGCCAAAGCAUCGCUAAAGGUUAUCUGGUGCGCAAGCAGGUUGUCGAGGCCAACAAUUGGCUGAAGCAGGCUCAAAGUUUUGCUCCGAGCGCCGGGCUGAAAGAGGCCCAGCUGCUUCUGGCGCAGAAGGGGCCCACGGUCAACCCACAGGAUGUCAUGGACCUGCUGGAUCGCAAGCCUGUAUCCAUCAAGGACAGGUGGAGGACUGAUGUUGCCAAAGAUAGCAGCUGCCAUCCGCAAGGUGGGCCUACUGAUACCGAGGAUCUAGAGAGGCAGCUUCGUCGUGCUGAGCGAGCAGCAGGCCUGACCGGCUCUGCGGAACAGCAGUGGAGGGAGGUCUUGGUGAACGCUCGGGCCACCCUUCGGCGAAAGCCUGAUGAUGCAAUUGCUUUGCGGUGCGCAGCAAGGGCUCUCUUGUCGAUAGACGGCGAUGCCGCAGAAAUCCGAGAGUAUGCACGCCAGGCCGCUGAAUAUGGUGACGAGGCUUCAGGAUUUACUCUUGGCUACGAGCUACACGCGUACUUGGGCAAGCUGGCGGAGGCGGAGCGGUCCUUUUCCCUGGCUGAAAAGCAUUACUCUGCAGCUCUGGCCUCCAAGGCCGGUGACGAGGCAGCCAUGCUGGGUCUGGCCCGUGUGGGGAAAGACGGCAAGGCACAGGCGCGGCGACUGUACGAAGAGGUUGUGUCGCGGCAUCCGGACAGUGCCGAAGGGCACAGGCGCCUGGCUGAACUUCACCUUGAGGCCGAUGAGGCUCUUGAAGCCUAUCGGCUGGCUGCACAGGCAGCCAAGCUCGCACCGAGGGAUGUUUCAGCUCAUUUGUGCCUGGGGUACGCAAGCCUGAAGCUGGGAAGGGCAGAUGAGGCAGCUCGCUCUUUCGAGCAGGCAGCUGUGCUGCAGCCAAAUGCACUCGACAUCCCAGCCAUGGUAGCUCUGGCAUCCCUCUACCGAAAAGCCGGUCGAGAUGAGGAGGCAAUUACUUACUACAAGCGGGUGCUCGAUAUGCGGCCUGGUGAUUACGAGUGCACUUUGAGUUUGGCGAACAUCCACGCCGACAGAGGGGUCAACGGGGCAAGCCAGGCGUUGCACUACUUUCGCGCAGCCUUGCAGUGUAGGCCGACCACAGUUGACUGUCGAAGCAUCUAUCUGCAGAUGGCGGCGGUGCAGAUCGCAAUCAACUCUUGGAAGGAUGCACAGCAAACCCUGGAAAGCGCUGUCCGUGAACACCCGGAUGAUGCAGAGAUUUUUCGACAACUUCUCUCAAUCUAUGAGCAGCUCAAAGACUCGAAGGGGCAGUACUACUGUCACCGCCGGCUUGUGCAGCUUGGUGCUGCAACAUCGACCACGCAGACUUCGUAUGCGGCUUUGCUGCUGUCGGAAGAUCGGGUGCGUGAAGCCCGGGAGCAGCUCAGUCAGGUCAUCAAGCUUGAGCCAACAAACCUCAUGGCGCUGCUCAAGCUGGCGCAUUGCCAUCGACAGGAAUCUCGAGAAAGCAACUUGGAAGAAGCGCGAAAGCUCUAUGAGCAGGUGCUACACAUCAGCCCGUCCAACUCGGAGGCGCUGGAGGGUGCCGCGUUUUGUGCUCGGAAAGGAAAUCAACUCGAUCAGGCUGUUCAAUUUUACCAGCAGUGUCUGAAGGUGAACGCGACUGCCGAAGGCCCACUCUACUACCUCGGUGACAUCCUUUACCGACAGCACCGUCAUGCAGAGUGUCAGUUCUAUUUGUCCAGGCUGGUGGAGACAAAUUGUGCAACAGACUACAAGACUGGAGCUUUGUACCUGUUGGCAAAGUCAUACGUGUCACUGGACGAAUAUGAGGAGGCAGAGAAGCAAGCUCGGCUUGGUCUCGCACUGAAACCGAAUCACCCGCAUUUUCUGUUCAUCCUGGCGUUGGUCAAGAAUCGAAUGGCCGAUUUCGACUCUUCGGUUGCCACAUUGAAGAAAGCCUUCCUCCACUUGAGCUCCGCGGAUAGCGACAACCUGAAGAUUGAGAUCCACGACUGGCUGGCCCAGGCGUACGAGCGAAAGGGUGAGUACACGAACGCUUUGGCCGAGCUUUCACUGGCCUUGAAGCAGGAGCCAUCGCAUGUUUCUUCUCUCAUCACGCAGGGUCUCAUCCACAUGCAGAUGAAAGAACUGGAGCAGGCUGAGACCUCUUAUCGGAAAGCCCUGGCCGUUGAAAAGAAUCACGCGCUUGCUUUGGUUCGCCUCGGCUACUGCAAACUCUUGGCAGCGGACCUGCAGGAGGCGAUUCUGCUAUUCCAGCGGGCUUUGCAGCAACGAUGUGGCACUGUUGCUCUGCCUCGUUCUGUCAAAGGGUCAGCCCGGAUCUACAUGGCAUUGGCCAUGAUGGGACAACAGGACAUGGACGGCGCUCUUUACCAGCUUGCAGAAGCUCGCAAAAGCCACAGGAACUUCGAAAAUCUGUGCAGCUCUGGGAAAGACAGCAUAGUCAAAGGUGAGUGCGAAGGUCUCGUUGGCAAGCUUCGUUCCAUGUCGGACCUGGAUGUCACACUUGCACAGGCAUGGCAGUUGGUUGAGCUGAUGGCGAAGGAGUUAGAAAUGGGCCUUCGGGAUCCGUCAGCAGGAAAGGGCAGUUCUCUGGAGUCGGGGCAGAGCCCUGCCAGAGAGCAGUUCACUGCUUCUUCACCAGAGAGCCAGGCAAAGAAAGUAAAGGGUGAAGCCGUGUCUUCUCCGGUCACAGAUCGUCGUGCUUGGGCUACCAGCCCAGAGGCAGCCGGACCCGGACCAGAGAGACGCGCAUGGACUUCUACGACCGAAGCAAAGGAUGCUCGAAGUACCGGCCAGUUAGAUCAAGGAGGCAAGAUCCUUCUAGCGAAGCACGAGAUGAUUGAUUUUGCGAAGCUGACGCAGAAGGAUUGCCUGGGAUCCGGCGGUUUCGGAGCUGUUUACCGAGGGUAUUUUGGAACUCGCGAGGUGGCAAUCAAGAAGCUUUUCUGUGAGGAUGGAGGCAACAUUUCGCCGCUGCAGCUGGAGGAACUAGAAAAGGAGGUAGUUGCGCUUCGAAGUCUUAGCCAUCCGCGGCUGGUGGGUUUCAUUGGAGCGUGUUUGCAGCCGCCGAACUUGUGCAUCGUCACAGAGUUCAUGCCGGGCGGAUCAUUGCACCAUCUCCUGCACAAGGCCCGUACCCCGCUGACGUUGGGGACGCAAUCCAAAAUCGCAAUUCAGGUUUGUGAGGGUGUCGAUUUUCUGCACGGCCACGCACCUCCCGUGGUGCACCGGGACCUCAAAUCGCUCAACAUUGUGCUGGACCGAAUCUACAACGCCAAGAUCUGUGAUUUCGGCUUGACUCAGUCGAUGGAGAAGACUCACAUUACUCUGAAAGAGGGCGGCAACGGAGGCUCCCCGCGGUACAUGGCGCCAGAAUGCUACGACUGCAAAGGAAAGAUCACUGAGAAGGUGGAUGUCUGGGCAUUGGGUUGCAUUUUGGUGGAGGUGUUCGGUGGCCCGCUGCCAUAUGACGAUUGCUCAAACAUCCAGCAGAUUGUCGCAAAGGUGCUGAUUGAUAAGCAACUGCCGUACAUCCCGCAUCAUCUUCCUGCCGGGGUGCGCCCUAUCGUCGAGGAUUGCUUUCAGUUCGAUUUUAAGCAGAGGGCAUCUGCCCAAGAUGUGUACUCCCGAAUGAAAUUGCUGGGAUUGCCAGGAGAGCUGACCCACUUCUGCGCGAUAGCUCGAAGAGUUUGCCUGACGGUUGCGGCUCCAGAACUCGCCAGGCCAGGUCAAGUUCAGUUGCCCCCUGCGCAGCGCUCAAGCCGUCUUGUUAGCAUGCUGACAUCAUUCUUCUCAAGCAAUUCUACAAGCGAGCAGUCACAGCAAGUGUUUCAAUCUGUUGCUCCGUUCAUGAUGGAAGAUGGAGAGGCAGUUAGUUCACCCACCGCAAUUUUAGACGAGCUUCUGGCCCAGGAGGAAUACAACCUGGUGAGGGCUGGUGCAGCUCUGCGAGUGACAGCAGAGUAUUGGCCUGACGAGCUCGAGGAAGCAGAGGGCACGCUCAGCCCGAUCUCACAGCAGAUUGCCGACCUUUGCGGUGAAUUGGAAACUUGCCUGGGAAGCCUCAACUCCUGGCAACAGCACGACUAUCAUCGAUGCAAGGAAUUUGCACAGCAGAUAGACGAGGACUCUGAGGACAAUUCUCCCAACUGGAUCCUUCAAGAUGCUGACGAGGACGACGAGAGCCGGCCCCACGAAGAGAUCGCGGUUCAAUCGAGCACUCAAGGAACCGCUCGAGUGAUGCCAACGUCUUCUCGGAGGAGUGUGGGCGAGUUGGAAUUGGAGAGAAUGGAACUGCCGACACUGAUGAGACCCCGUGCACAGGUCGGUCUCCGCAAGAUACCGGAGGCGAAGAUUUUGUGCCAAAGUGCGCAAGAGGAGGUGCCUGCAGAGCUCGAGGCAUCCUUUGUUGAUGCCGACGUAGAUCCAGGCGCUGGCACAGAUGGCAGCCAGGUAGAAGACUUGGAGGCGUUGCUGGCAGAAUGCCGGAGGAUGGGCGCCGGAAUGAUGCAGUACUGA